CACUUCCUUAGGCAGGCUUUGCUGUUCCAGGGCUUGACAAACCUUUCAGUGACAGCCCAGUUGUCACAGAGUGUUUAAAUAGGCUAACUUUAUUUCAUAUUGUGGAGGUCAACAGCUGAGAUGAAGAAAAAACUAGAGACUGGUGUAGGUAAAACCUACAGAUUUGUAACGCUAAGAGAAAUAUUGAACAGGGCACAGGAUUUCAAUCUGGAGUUUAGCCUCGGUGUUAAUUUUUGAAACUUAGGUUAAGAUUUUCAUUUUGUUUAUCCUGUAUGUGCCUUCUGCAGGAUAUAUUGCAUCUUUCUCCAAAGCAUCUAGUGCUAACCACUUCUGGAAACGGGAGAUGGGACUAGCUGGGCUAUGCUGUCAUAAGUUGGCUGUCAUCAUGGCUCUCACUUCUAUCAUCUGAUGAUUCUUUGGGAGCCUGUGCAAAAUCUUCAGUCUCGAUCUCGGAGGUAUAUCUGCUAUUGUACUGAAUGGAUAUGAUGCAGUAAAAGAAUGCCUUGUUCAUCAAAGUGAAAUUUUUGCAGACAGACCAUCUCUUCCCUUGUUUAAGAAGCUGACAAACAUGGGAGGCUUACUGAACAGUAAAUAUGGCAGAGGAUGGACAGAACAUCGCAAAUUAGCUGUAAAUACCUUUCGAAUUUUUGGAUAUGGUCAAAGGUCCUUUGAACACAAAAUUUUGGAGGAAGCUAUGUUUUUUCUUGAUGCCAUUGAUACAUACAAAGGCAGACCAUUUGAUCUAAAGCACUUGAUAACAAAUGCUGUUUCAAACAUUACGAAUUUGAUUAUUUUUGGACAACGUUUUACGUAUGAAGAUACCGAAUUUCAGCACAUGAUUGAGAUUUUUAGUGAAAAUAUUGAAUUAGCUGCUAGUGCUUCUGUAUUUUUAUAUAAUGCUUUUCCUUGGAUUGGUAUCUUGCCAUUUGGGAAACACCAGCAGCUGUUUAAAAAUGCAGCUGAAGUCUAUGACUUUCUUCAUGACCUUAUUGUACGUGUCUCUGAAAAUAGGAAGCCUCAGUCACCUCGACAUUUUGUAGAUGCAUAUUUAGAUGAGAUGGAUUGCAAUGAAAAGGAUCCAGAAUCUACAUACUCAAGAGAAAACUUAAUUUUCUCUGUUGGAGAACUCAUCAUAGCUGGGACAGAAACCACAACAAAUGUUUUAAGAUGGGCAGUGUUAUUUAUGGCUCUUUAUCCAAACAUUCAAGGGCAAGUUCAAAAAGAAAUCGAAUUAGUCAUCGGCCCAAGCAAAAUGCCUACCUUAGAAGAGAAAAGCAAAAUGCCAUACACUGAGGCUGUUCUACAUGAAGUUCUAAGAUUCUGUAAUAUAGUUCCACUAGGUAUUUUUCAUGCAACUUCGAAAGAUACUGUUGUGCGUGGUUACUCUAUUCCUGAGGGCACUACAGUCAUUACAAACCUUUACUCCGUUCAUUUUGAUGAAAAAUAUUGGAGCAAUCCAGAAGUGUUUUUUCCUGAGAGAUUUUUGGACAGCAGUGGGCAAUUUGUCAAGAAAGAUGCAUUUAUUCCUUUUUCACUAGGAAGAAGACAUUGCCUUGGAGAACACCUAGCUCGAAUGGAAAUGUUUUUGUUUUUCACUUCAUUACUACAACGAUUUCACCUGUGUUUUCCUCAUGGCAUGAUUCCAGAUCUCAAACCAAGAUUAGGCAUGACAUUACAACCACAGCCAUACCUCAUCUGUGCAGAAAGACGAUGAAGACAAGGAUCUAGAUUGUCAGGUGAAACACAGUGUUCCAAGUUGCAGCUGAGGAUCUACUUUGACUUCUAUUUCUAAAUGUCUUCAUGUCAGAGGAACAAAAA